AUGAACAUUAUUCUAGAAGUAAUAGUCAAACCCCAUUUAGCCAUUUCAAUUUUUGAACCCAACAAAACAAAAUCUUUUCUGAUUCCUCUCAACAACAAUCACCCAAAACACCUUCAAAAAUCCAAAUCAAUCUCCCUCUCUUUCUUCAACCCUUUCUUUGGGUGAAGAACCUCUGCAUGUAUCUUUCUAGAGAUAGAAAGAGAAAGAGAGAAAGAGAGAAAGAGAAAGAACAAGAGCAAGAAAGUGACCAUUCAUAGAAAGUAAGAGUAUGUGACUGUGUGGGGGGAUCACUUUCAGAAAGGAGUAAAGCACAAACUAUCAGUGGUAUUGAAGUUUUCUAUGUUAUGGACCAAAAGAUCUUGUUUCUUGGUGAGGUGUACUUACAUUUGAUUGCAAGACCAAGGUUGUAGAAAUUUGAAUCGAUAUUGUGUUGACCGGGAGAAAAUGACAUCAGAUGUGCCUAUUGACUAUGCUGUAUUUCAAUUGUCUCCUGGACGGUCUUGCUGUGAUUUGCUUGUUUCUUAUGAUGGCACCACAGAAAGGCUUGCCUCUGGACUUGUAAAGCCUUUUGUUACUCACUUGAAGGUUGCACAGGAGCAAAUUGCUUUGGCUGUGAAAUCAAUUAAACUCGAGGUCGACAGAUAUAAAAAUGCUGAAACAUGGUUUACUAAGGGAACUGUUGAGAGAUUUGUGCAAUUUGUUGGCACACCUGACGUUCUGGAGAUGGUCAACAAAUUGGAUACAGAGAUGUCUCAGUUAGAAGCUGCUCGAAGAAUCUACUCACAGGGAGAAGGCGAUGAUCAGUCCAAUGCAUCAGGUGGGGAUGGACCAGGAGCCUCUGCAGCAUCGGAUACCACAAAGAAGGAGCUCCUAAGAGCUAUUGAUGUGCGGCUUGUAGCAGUUAAACAGGACCUGACAACAGCUUGCACCCGUGCCUCUGCUGCUGGUUUUAAUCCUGAAACCAUCUCAGAAUUACAGCUUUUUGCUGAUCGUUUUGGUGCUCAUCGCCUCAGUGAAGCCUGCAGCAAAUUCAUUACCCUCUCACAGCAACAUGGUGAGCUCUUCAACAGCAUUCAACCAACAUUGACACGGAAGUCCUCAUCUGAAUAUGUCCUUCGGUCUUCAUUCAGUUCUGAUAUGUCCAUUGAUGAACCCUGUGAUGAUCAUCCCAAGCAAUCUACCAUUCCCAAUACCACGACAAAAAUCACCUUCCCAUUACGCCAGCUUUCUUGGGAGCCCAGUCCUAGCCCUGUUGAUAAUGGAGAGGAAAGAGAAAACAAUAAAGAUAAAACCAUUGGAAAAGAUAAAGCGAUGGACCCCACCACUUCAGCUGGUAAUUCAAAGACCGAGUCAGAUGCAUCUUCCUCGACGUCAACAUCCACACCUCAACUUACCAGGCGACUCAGCGUGCAAGAAAGAAUAAGUAUGUUUGAGAACAAGGCUCAGAAGGAAGGUUCCCCCACUAUUAGUACUGUUGCUUCUGGUGGGGGGAAACCUGAGCUCCGUCGACUGUCAUCUGACGUUACUUCUUCCACUGACAAGGCUGUCCUGCGGAGAUGGAGUGGUGCCAGUGACAUGAGUAUUGAUGUUAGUGGGGAUAGAAAGGAGCCUGACAGCAACGCCAACACUCCAACACCCACAUCCACAUCCACAUCCACUUUUACGUCCAACCCUGUUUUUCCUCCAAAGCCAAAGGAUCAGUGUGAUUUAAAGAUGGAGGGGUUUCAAGAAAGUAAGCUUCCAGUGAAACCAAAAAUUAGCUCCCAUUUGGCUGUUUCCUUUAGUGGUCCGGAGGAUUCUCCAUCAUUUGAGGCAAAUACUAAGAUCACUUCUUUCUCAGGAAAAUCAUCAGAGAGUGUGGGAUCAAUGGAUGAAUCAAGUGGUAGGAUAGUUCAUUCGACUGUUAAACCUUUUUGUGAGAGUGAGGGAUUUGGGUUGGAGAAUCAGCCAUUGCCUAUUCAUACUCAUCUCAGGUCUCGUCCCGGGACAGCAGAACAGUUUAGUUCCUCAGAUGAGAUGAUUGUAAGGAAGGCAAAGAGUUCUGUAGGUGGUGAAAGCAAACCCCAGGAAGAUAAUGGGAAAAGUUUUGGGGCAUCUGCAUCUGGAUUCAAUGGAAGGUCUCGAGAUUUACACGUUGAGGAAGAGUAUGAGGAUAAGCGGUUGAGGGAUCAGCAGGCUCAAAAAUCAACUUAUAGGACAUCUCAUAAGACAACAGUUAAAAUUGCAUCAGAAUCCGUGGAUCCUGUAGUUGCUUGGCCUGUAAAUCAAGACAAAAAAGGUAAGGGUGAUUCCGUUGAGAAGCAGCCUGUCCUUUCAUGCACACAAAUGGAAGAUUCUGGUCCCUACAGAGGAAAGGUUCAAGGAUGUGGUUCUUCUUUUGAUCAAGAGGAGAAGCCUGUUUCUAGGUGGGAAGAGAGUGAUUCUAAACGUCCAUUGGAUUCGACGGGGAAAUUUGUACUUGAGAAUAAGGAAGUAGUUUCUUCAUCUUCAGUACCUGUGGAUCAAGUUCAGAGGAUAAGGCAGACAAAAGGAAAUCUGGGGAUGAAUGAUGACCUGAAAAUGAAGGCCAAUGAGCUUGAGAAGCUAUUUGCUGAGCACAAACUCCGUGCUCCUGGUGACCAAUCAAAUUCUGCUCGAAGAACCUGGUCUGUUGAUACACUUAUUGAGCAGGAGAUGGCUUCUGCUGAUAGGAAACAGGCAGUAGAGACUUCUGUCCUGAUGACUACCUUAAAGCGGGAGGCUGAGCCUGCUGCUGGCUCCAGUAGUAAGGAGAAGAAUUAUCCUACACCAUUGAUGAAAACUGUACAUAAGCAGGAAUACGAUGUCACCCCUAAGCAAAACAUCUACAGCCCUAGUUUUGCAGAUGAUUCUAGAGGAAAAUUAUAUCAGAAGUAUAUGCAAAAGCGAUAUGCCAAGCUGAAGGAAGAUUGGAGUUCAAAAGGGGCUCAAAAGGAAGCCAAGAUGAAGGCAAUGCAAGAUAGCCUUGAGAAAACCAGAGCUGAGAUGAAGGUCAAGUUGGCAGGUUCUGCAGACAAGAAGAAUUCUGCCUACAAUUCUGUUCGAAGGGCAGACAAAAUGAGAUCAUUCCAUGUAGAAUCAGCAACAAAGAGAAAACAGCAUAUAAUAGACGUGUACAUGAGUGAUGAGGAUGAAGAGCAAGGUGAAGUUCUUGGAAAGAAGCUCAGUGAGACAUAUUUGGAGGAUUCUUCUGGAAAUGCACAUAGCAAAAAGGUUACGUCGAGCAAAAGUGCAGCAUCAUCAACUCCUCGUAACUCAGCAAUACCUAUUCCUCGAUCUUCUGGAAAAGUCUCUAACUCUACAGCAGGGAGACGGACGUUGGCUUCUGAUAAUGCUCUCGUUCAGUCUGUUUCUAAUUUUUCUGACUUGCGGAAGGAAAACACAAAACCUUUGUCUGCAGGACGUAAACCUGUUCGUCCUCAGAGAAACCAUGCUCGUAAGAAGAGUGUUAGUGAGGACUUGCCACUUUUCAAUGAAGAAAAGCCACGUCGUUCUCACUCCUUGAGAAAGAGCACAUCAAUUCCCAUGGAGUUGAAUGAUUCCCGGAAUUGUGAUGUUUUUGAUGAGUCUGUUUUCAUGCUGUCAAAAUAUGGAAAAGAAGAGAAUGGGGAUCAUUUUAACUUCUCAAGGGAUAUAGAAUCAAAGCCUUUCCCAAAAAAGGGUAAUGGUGAUAGUCUUGUCGCGGGUGGUAUAAAUGGACAUGAUUUUGAUGAUGCGAGUUUAGAAACAGAAGCGAGGACUGAUGUAGCCAAGGAUGAGGAGGAUGAUUUUGAAACCACAGUAGGGGGCAAAUCUGCUGAUAUGGACAACAGUAAAGGGAGAUUAAGCCAGGAAUCUGACAAUUCUGCUAAUUCUGGUUAUGGAAACAUCAAUGCUCUCGGGAGUCUUUCCCAGGCAGGCCAUGUGUCUGCUACUGAAUUGCCAACUUCCAUGUCUUCUCUUUUUCGUUCCAUAGGAUCCAUACAGGACUCUCCUGGGGGAAGCCCUGGAUCUUGGAACCAACGUGUACACAAUCCAUUUUCCUUUUCAAAUGAAAUCUCCGACAUUGAUGCUUCUGAUUCACCACUUGGGAGCCCGGCUUGGAAUUCUUACUCUCUUGCACAAAAUGAUGAUGAUGCUAGAACAAGAAAAAAGUGGGGAGCUGCUCAGAAACCUAUUGUUGGUGACUCAUCACAUAGUCUAUCACGCAAGGACGUUGCCAAAGGUUUUAAGCGAUUCCUGAAAUUCGGAAGGAAGAAUCGUGCAGCUGAGAGUAUGGCAGACUGGAUAUCUGCAACAACCUCUGAAGGAGAUGAUGAUACUGAAGAUGGAAGAGAUCUCGCUAAUCGGUCAUCAGAAGAUUUGAGAAAGUCUAGAAUGGGGUUCUCCCACAGCCAUCAUUCUGAUGAGGGAUUCAAUGAAAGCGAGAGCUUUAGUGACCAAGUUCAUGGAUUACAAGGCUCAAUCUCAACAUUGCCAUCAAAUUUCAAAUUGAAGGAGGAACAUCUAUUGGGAAGCUCUCCUAAAGCUCCAAAGUCAUUCUUCUCACUUUCAAAUUUCCGGAGCAAAGGAAGCGAGUCAAAAUUCCGAUAAACUCAUUUCAAUCAACUACACCAAAUGGCAAAGCGUAUGCUCCACCCAAAGGUAGCUAGUUGUAUAUUUCCUCAAGCAUAUAUUGUAAAUGAUGAGAUACAAAAAAAUGUAACCUCAGUUUCUCGAGGUAAAAAAGCAGCUACACCGCGGAGUUCUUUUGAUACAACAAAUGUAGUUGGUAUCCAAGAUAUUAUUGCAAGUAUAUUUGUAAUGGUUGAACAGAAACAGACACAAAUUGGCUGAAUGAUACUGUGAUUUUUGGUAGUGCCACAGCAUUCUUUUUACAGAUGUAUUGUAUAGUGGACACUGGUAGUGCUCCCACAGAUUUUGUGCAACUAUUCAUGGGACUUAUUUUCUCCAUUGAUGGAAGUGAUUUUCACACUACCGAAGUUAAUAACCAUCCCUUGUGUAACAAGAACUUGGUAGUGUUGAAAUCCUGCUUUUGAGGUGUAAAUGUGUAAUAAUUCAGCUCCUUUUCUGUUGAAUGUGGUAUAGUUGAAUGUAUUAUAUUAUAAAGACUUUAAUAUUUUUUUUCGGCUUAAGGCUUUGACAUUACGAAUUUUACAAGCUACACCAUGGAUGGAUGGCCAAUUUAAGAUAAUUUGUGUUCAAAUGCCAAAUUAAUCUUCACCCAUUAAUAUUGUAGCUACAAAAUGA